ACACUUGAAGGCUCUUAGAACAAAACAGUAAAACCAUUGAUGAUGAUCAUUAUUACUCUCACUCACACUAACACUACUCACCAUGACUCUCUUUCCGUUUCCACACAACACAUUGCAGAAGCAAUGCAUCCAUUGAUCACAACUCAGAAGAAGAGAAGACAAACACAAGACAGUGGCAUAUAAUGGGAGGAGUGACAUCAUCCAUGGCUGCAAAGUUGGCGUUCUUCCCACCAAACCCAGCAUCGUACAAGGUGGUGAAGGACGAGGUAACUGGUCUUCUCCUCCUCACUCCCUUCCCCCACCGCGAGAACGUCGAGAUUCUGAAGCUCCCCACGCGCCGCGGCUACCAGAUACUCGCCAUGUACGUUCGCCACCCCAUGGCCACUUCCACAAUUCUCUACUCUCACGGCAACGCCACCGAUCUCGGCCACAUGUAUCAACUCUUCAUCCACCUCGCCAUCCACUUCCGCGUUAAUCUCAUCGGGUAUGACUACUCUGGGUAUGGCCAAUCAUCAGGGAAGCCAAGUGAGCAGAAUACAUAUGCAGAUAUUGAGGCCGUUUAUAAGUGUCUAGAAGAAAGCUAUGGCACCAAGCAAGAGGACAUAAUCCUGUAUGGUCAAUCUGUUGGAAGUGGCCCUACUUUGGAUCUUGCAGUUAAAUUGCCUCAUUUGAGAGCUGUUGUUCUUCACAGUCCCAUACUUUCAGGCUUAAGGGUCAUGUACCCAGUAAAACGUAGUUACUGGUUUGACAUAUAUAAGAAUAUCGACAAAAUUCCACUUGUUAAUUGUCCUGUUCUCAUAAUUCAUGGGACAUCAGAUGAAGUUGUAGAUUGCUUCCACGGCAAACAACUCUGGGAACUGUGUAAAGAGAAGUAUGAGCCACUGUGGCUCAAAGGAGGCAACCACUGUGAUUUAGAGCAAUUUCCUGAGUACAUCAAACAUCUGAAGAAGUUCAUAGCCACUGUUGAGAAGUCUCCAUCACAAAGAUACAGCUUCAGAAGAAGCAUGGAACAGUUCGAGCAGCCCCGAAAGAGCACCGACGUAUUUGAAGCUAGCAGAAAGAGCACUGAUCGCAGAGAAAAACCGAGGUUGAGCACUGACAGGCCUGAGAAAAUGAAGAACCUGUCCAAUAGUGGUGAUAAGUUAGAGAAAAUGAGAGUAACUUUUGAUCAUAUGGAAAGGUCAAGGAGAAGCGUGGAUUGUAUUGAGAAAUCUAGAAAAAGCAUUGAUCAUCAACUUGAAAAGGCAAGGAAGAGUGUUGACAGGUUGGAAAGAAUAAGGAACUGAGACUCUUGGUUUAAUCAAAUUAUGGUUUGGCUUUCUUAGAUUUUUUUUCUUCUUUAAAUUGGCCUACUUGGUUGUGUAAUAUGGUUUAUGUCAGAUAUGAUGAUAAAAUAUUGGUGUCAAAGGAAGGGCUUGGUUUUUACAGAGGAAUGCACUUUUCACUAGACUUGUUCCCUCCACAUGUGUGUGAUUCACUGAUUUGUAUAAGAAUUGCUACCAAAACUUACUGAACUAGGCAUUGACAAGUUUUCUUGUACACUUAGAUAUGCACAAGAAAC